AUGAGCGUGACUGUCAGGGGCUCCCCAGCCGCUUUUGAGGCGGGUGGGGGGGCGACAAUGGCCAGCGGUAGAGUCGAGGAAGAUGAAAGAGCAGCAGCUGCCACUGUGGUGCCUGGCUCCGUGCAGCUUGUGCUGAGCAUCCUGCAUACCUUGUUAUACGCUGCCCUCUUCUCAUUUGCCUACCUGCAGCUGUGGCGGCUGCUCCUUUAUGGAGAGCGGCGGCUGAGUUACCAGAGCCUCUGCCUCUUCCUCUGCCUUUCGUGGGCAGCACUCAGGACCACUCUUUUCUCUGCCGCCUUCUCCCUCGGCGGCUCCCUGCCCCUUCUCUGGCCGCCCUCUAACCUCCAUUUCUUCUCCCGCUGGCUCCUCUACUGCUUUCCUUCCUGCCUCCAGUUCUCCACGCUCUGUCUCCUCAACCUCUACCUGGCAGAGAUUAUCUGUAAAGUCAGAUGUGCAGCUGAACUUGACAAAAACAAAAUUCUUCUACAUCUGGGAUUUAUGUUGGCAAGCCUUCUCUUUUUGGUGACGAACUUAACUUGUUCAGUGUUAGUUCAUGGAGAUAUUUCAGAAAAUCAAUUGAAAUGGACAAUAUUUGCUCAAGCACUAAUUAGUGAUAGCCUAGUCAUUCUUUGUGUCAUUUCAUUAGUUAGUUACAUAUGCAAAAUUGCAAAAGUGUCAUCAGCAAAUGUCUACCUCAAAUCAAAGGGAACAUCUAUGUGUCAGACUGUUACAGUAGGCUCAGUAGUCAUUCUUCUCUAUUCCUCAAGAGCUUGUUAUAAUUUGGUGGUGAUUACUCUAUCUCAGGAAACUAUAGGAAGCGCAUUUACCUAUGGAUGGGAUAAUCUUUCAGAAAAGAAUCAUGUGGAAGACAUCAGUGAAGAAGAAUAUGUAGUGUUUGGCAUGAUCCUCUUUUUGUGGGAACAUAUACCAGCCUGGUCAGUGGUGCUGUUUUUCAGAGCACAGAAGCCAAACCAGAAUUUGGCUCCUGAUGGUAUUGUAAAUAGUCACAGUUAUACUUCCAGAGCUUACUUUUUCGACAACCCAAGACGGUAUGAUAGUGAUGAUGACUUGCCAAGACUUGGAGGCUCAAGAGAAGGAAGUUUAUCUAAUUCACAAGGCUUGGGUUGGUAUGGAACCGUAACUGGAAGUGGCAGCAACAGUUUCAUAGUCAAUCCUCAUCCGAAUGGACCAACAUCAGACUCUGCUCCUUUGCUCUUUGCUUGUGGUAACUUAGAUUUGAACAAUCACCAUAGCUUAUAUUCAACUCCACAAAACUGAUAACACCACCAAAAUCUGUAUUCCUAAAGUGGUUUUCAUGAGUAUGUAUUUUCUAAGUAUUUUGGCUUUAUCUACAUUAACAUUCCAUUACCUUUUAUAACUAAGGGAAAAAAAUAAAGCUAGAAUUAGCUUAAAUGGAAGACAAAACCAUUACUCAUGAUCUCUUCAUUACAAAUGAAGUAGAAUUGAAACUUUAGAUUUGGAGAUAAAUAAGGGCCCUAGAAUUUCCUGAUUUUAGAAGCAUAAAAUGCAUAUUUGCACUUUUUUCAUUAUACUCUGAAAGAAUGAACAAUAAUCUUAAAAAUAAUAUUCUAGUGUUCCAAUAGUUUUGUUUUACUGUACACCAAACCUGGGCAACAGUCUUUCUGAAAAGAUCGAAGUGUCAUAAGUGAAUUUUAGUACUGGCUUCAGUACCACUAUUUCCUUUUGAAAGCAAGUCAUACAACUAGCUAGAACUUACAAAAUCAAGCCAAGGCAUCAACUAUAGCCUUGGUGCUACCUGGUUAGUUCUUGCUCUUUCUUUCUGCAAAGUUCUAGAUUGAUAUAUCAGCUGUAGUUCGAGUGUUUCCUGGCUAGUUUCCUAUUUUACUCGAUAUAGAUCUUCCCCUUCUGCUAUCUAUUUUUUGAAGUACAAAUCUUUACCUUUCUCUUUUUCUCGGCAUAAAAUUCCACUGUAACCAUCCUGCCUUGUAACUAAAACCUAUAUAAAGUUUCUGAAAAUGCUGUUCAUGGCCCAUUGUUUUUUGUGAACCAUGGGUCUUUGCUCCAAACAUAUAACAAACUGGUUAUUAAAACGUCUCUGCAUGUUGAUAAGUAUAAUUGGCAGCAGUACCUAUCAACAAGUCCUUGGACAAUUUCUACAUCAAAAGCAUAUAUUAUGUAUUCAGUGAUGUUCUCUGUAUGGAACUGCAAAAUUAAUUAGAAGGACAUGAAGUGAAUUCAAGCAUAACAGUUCAAUACUUUAAAAAUAUAUACUAGAAGUAUUGUUUUUAAAGAAAUGGUCUUUUAAAUAUGAAUUCUAAAACUCUAACCAAAAUUUUCUUGAAAGUAUUUACAAUUGUUGUAUUAACUGUAAUACAAUGGUGACUAGCAUAGUUAAUAAAAGGUGAUUGUCAAUUCUUAUUAGGCAAAACUAGCUAAUGAAUACUCUGACUAGAGUUCUUGGUCAAGAGAUUCUUUUGCAGUAACGUGAUUUCAUUCUAUGUGGAUUACUUGAAACCUAGUUUCUUCAGAAAAGGAACAGUGAAUUUAAACUCAAGAAUGGUAGAAAUUCUUGGAGCCAAACAAAUUCAUAGAUCCAGUUGAUGAAAUGAACAAUUCUAGUUGUUUAGGGUUUUUUUAAUGUUAUAGGUUAGGGCUACAAUAACUUUUGAAACAAUUAUCUUGGAUUAAUCAGAGAAGCUAAUUAUCAGUAAUGGGAUUAUCUUCAAGUAUAUGAAAUCACGAUUAAUUAGCAUAGUAAACAUAAGCGCAGUACUUCAGAACAUGUAUUGCUUCAAAUUUUUGGUAUAUGGUGUUCAUAUUUUUAUAUAUCUUCUAUAUGUGCAAUGUCAAACAUUGGGAUAAUAAAUAAGUGUAUGUACAGUAAAUGUAUUUGAUUUUUAAAAGUGGCUAGCAAUGUUUAAGAGAAUGCUUUACUUUUUAAACUAAAUUUCAUUUUCUUCAUGCCCUCUCCUAAAUCUGAAAAAAAAAUUGAUAGUGAGGAUAUGUUAAUUUUAUCAUAGAGUUUUUAAAUGUACUUUUAAAAAGUGUGUCUUUAUGGAAACCUUAAACAACAAUAGUGGGUACUAGAAAAUACCUAGCAAUUUAGACUGGGAUAAUUGCCACUACAUGUUAAAAGAUCAACUGCUUUCUUCUGCCUUAAAAAAAAAAAAACAACAACAACAAAGGAGCUAACACUAAUUCGUGGGAGUACUUUUACUCUCCAGUACUGUCUGGGAAGUUCAAUUGAAUUUCAUUAAAAACUGAAAGAAAUUUUAGUUAAUAUUGAUGCAAUACCCUCACUAAAAUGGUAAUAUUACUAGAGGUAUAACCAAAAGGAAAAUGAAGUUUUUGUUUUGAAUUGUUGAGUAGGCUGCUCAUACAUAGCUAAAUAAACUUCUUACAGGGCAGAUAUGACUUUUGAUUCAAACAUAGGUAUAAACACUGUAGCUAUAACUAAAAGUCUAUUUACUGUUUAGAAAAUCCAAUGAUGGAAAUGCUUGUGCUUCAAAAUCUUCUAUUAACUAAUUUCUCCAGUAUAAAACAUGCAGCAUAUAAAUUAUUUUGUCAACACAAAUUUUUGGAAUGCCUCUUAACUUUUUAAAAUUUUGUUAAUUUAAACUAUAUUAUUAUAAUCCAUCCAUCAUUGACUAAGAAUAUUUGUCAUUUGUUCAUUCCCUGGUCUAAGAGCAAAUUUGUUCUUUUUGGAUUUCCCAAGAUAAGGCCAUUUGACCAGCAAAACAUUAAAAGACUUUUAAAAAGAAAGAUAUUUUUAGUAUUAAAUAUCUUGGCUCUUCCAGCUGCUUUGGUUUGACUUACCCAGAUUGUGAUUCAGAAACUUGUUUAUUUCAUCAGCUAGUAGACCUGAAUCCUUACCUUCUUUUUUCUCCCUGCACACACCUCCCUCCAAAAAAAUCACCAAAGAUAAAAUAAACUAUCUAAGUUUCUGGCCUGAUUUUUGCUAAAGAAUUCCAAAGCACUAGGAGCACUUUAAUUAUGGUCUGGAAGGAAGGGAGUGUAUGUAAAAGAGCAAAGGGCUAGUGGCUUACGAUUCACUUUGCACUGAAACACAUAAUGACAAUUUUAGAACUUUCUUUUGAUUCGCAAAUCUGGAAAAAUGAGUCUUGUUAUGAAGCAUAAAAUUCUAUGUGACUAUAGUACCAAUUUUUACAUUUUUUUAAUGGAGGGCUAUUAAUUUUGGAAUUCUGACCACUCAUUUUGGCUGGUUGUAGUUUUGCUGAUGUGAUUUGUUGCUCAAAAUUGGCUUUUAUAUGCAUAGUUUUCCAUUUAUUCUUUCAUCCUUUCCUUCUCUUUCUCUCCUUUCUUUCUUUCUUUUUUGUUUACAUUGCUGAGAAACACUGUUAAUCAUGUGCAAGCUAAUUGAAAAAGUAUAGCUAUGGCCAAUGAAUGUAUUAUUUGUUAUUUCACUAAAAUGUAACAAAGCACUACUGAUAAAAUAAAAGUGGUUUUGUACCCUU